AUGGCUGUCCAGAAGGCAGCAUCAUUCUUACGGUGGAAGGCGUUUGCUCUUCCAGUCGCUGUAGCCGCGUUGAUGGCGUGUUCCGCCACUGGGCUUCAAGCAGAGGAGGUCCAGGGAGCUCCCGCAGCUCCGAUAACUUGUGAUUCAACCGAGCCCCACAAAGGGGUAGGCAUUUCGGUUGACGCAGGAACUAAGAAGGCGGAAUUCGUCUGUGGCAAGACGGUGCCGCAUGUCUGGCCGCAGAAGCAGGAUGACAGCGAUGUACGCUUUUAUUUCACGAGCGGUGACCUCAAGGAAACAUCGCCUCUGGAGGAGCUUUUCGGGGUCGAGUCCAAGCUCACGGUCAAGAAAGGACCCGGGGCGAGGGUCGUCGGCGACUCUACUGCGACAGCGACCCUGUCAGUCGGUGCCCUCCCUACUGUGCAGCACACCAUUUAUUUCGCUUGCGGGAAGACUGGAUAUACGGAAUCCCCGCAGUCCUUGCCGUCCGGGGAUGAUGGUCGAAGAGGGCGCGGCACGGCACAGCCUGGUGUCGACGCAGAGGCAAAUCAAAGGCGGCGCGACGGAGAAGAGAAGCCGGUUGCUGUUGCUGCGCUCGUUUUGUCUGGCUCGAGCUCGGGGACUGCAGCGGCUCACCGUGCAAACAGCGGAGUCGAUGCCGCAGAGACCUACGUGUUAGGCUCUUCCUUGCAAUCGACUAAGGCCACGUGCCUGGUCACAGUGACCGUCCCUGCGGACCCAAAUGCCCCCACGUGCACCCUGGCAAAGAAAAGCAUGGAGGUCGACAUUACCAGUGAAGCCAAGAGUACCACGUUCUCGUGCGACUCGACCAUUCCUUCCCUCUCGCCUGAAACGAGCUCAGGAAAUAUAUUUGAUGAGUCAUGUGCGAAGCCAGUCAAGUUGGCGGAAGCACUUCCAACUGCCAAGCUGGAGCCUGCGGGAUCAGGCUAUACUUUUAGUGUGGUGGAGCUGCCUUCGGCUCCUACCACGCUGUGCUACAAGUGCUCCACUAGCCCGGAGAAGGAGAGAGAUGGUGCCGACGAGUCAUGCACAGUCAAGAUCAAGGUUGCAGCCGGUCUGUCCUCUUUAGCGGGACUGACGCACCUGCAACCAGUUCUCGCUGCGGGGUCCCUUCUCGUGAUUGGGAGUGCCGUUUUCUUUUGA